UAUGGUUAGUUUUCAGCAAACGUAGAUAGAAACAUCACGAAUCACGAUGGUUAAAAACGUGAUAAUAAGCCUCUUCUUGAUCUUCUCAAUUGAUUUAAAGCUCACGGCGAGUGUUGAUUUUACGUGUCUAAUGAAAGAGUUAGUUGACAUGCAAGAAUUUACGUGGCGGCAUGCAGACACUCCAUUUAAUUGUAUUGCAAACUGUCACAGUGCAUUUGCUGCUAUCUCCGAUUCAACUUCACAAAAGGCAAAGUACUUCGAAAGAGUGUUUUCACCGUUUCAGAAAACAAUUAACUGCACGAAAGAAGAAAGAAGAGUAACUGCAUCCUGCAAAGUCAAGAUUAAAUCCCUAGAAUUAGACCAGCUCUCGAAUUUGCCUUUGAUUUAUUUCCCUUCAUUUGUUCAGGUGCGGAGGUUCGAAGCUGAGAAGUUUUGCGCCCUUCAUGGUUUAAAUUUUGGAAUAGAUGAAUCGCUUAUGGGAUUCGUCGCAGUUGAUUUUCCGGAAGUGAAAAUAUGGAUGGCUGAUGUUGAAACACAAAACACAAGCAAACAAGUUACCUGCCUAGUUUUUUACAAAAAAAACAGUUCUAGUCAGAUAACGCAGGAAACCUGCCAAAAUCGAAAUAAUUUUGUAUGUGUUCUACCGAAAAACUGCCAUAUGGACAGAUGCUGGACAAAUUGCUCUAAAAAUCAAUCAUGCAAUAAUGUGAAAAAUGAUAAUUAUUGCGAGUCUAAUUGCCCAAACACUUUUUGCGGAGAUGAGAAAGCUGAUAAAUUCGGAUACAAGCCAGAUGACGGUGAACUCUUAGAAGCGUGUGGAAAGCAGUACAUUUUUUCAAGAGCUCCUAGAUUCAACCAAAAUACGACUCAAUUAUUUUGCUGCACGAAACACAUGAGCGCUGGAAGUGUUUCAUCUUUGGACGAGGCCAAGUGUUUGGCCCGCGAAAUGAUCAAAAGAAAUAUUGGUGACGUGCCUUUCUGGACAAGCGCGAGGCCGAGCAACUGCACUGAUUUUUCCACAUGGUGUGCGCUGAACGGGUCGGGAGAAGUCGUUGAUCAAACCUCAUUGCAGAUUAUCAACAAAAGAACCAACCCUAAGAAGCAAUUUGUUACAGUGAAGGCAAAUGUGCAGACAGAGUCUCUGACUUUUGAAUUUGAAGACCCUGCAGUCAUGGCCAGAGCUAUGUGUUCACGAAUGAACCCGCUGAGUUGCACAGAGUCGCUGUGUUCUCCUAUGGGAUUUAUUGAGCAGAUAGAGCAGAAUAGAAAAGCAAAGAAAACUGCUUUUUAUAGGGCAAGUUGCAAAUUUAUUUAUGGCUGCAAUAAAAUAUUUGACGUGUGUAUCGUGGCAUACCCCUACUAUGCGGCCGCUAAAUGGACUCAAGCAUCCUCUGUAGAGUAUCGCACGGUAAUGCUUACACUGGAGACUCAAGAAAAAAUGGAAUGCUUUCUAAAACUCAUGAAAGCAAACAACAUUAUGAACGGAACUUUUCAUGUCAAUGCUGUGUCCUUCGGCUGCCCAAAAUCGAACAGAUGGUGCCAGAUUCCUGAAGAUCCCUUUUUGAACAACUCCUACAUUCCUUGGGCAAAAGGAGAACCGAGCAUGGACCCGUCUAAGGAAUGCGUCAUUGUGAAGUACGAUGCGGACAAAAUAUCUUUCACGUUUACCAAAAAUUCUUGCAAAUAUUCUCCUAAUCUGCGUAUUUCACAAACUAUCGAUUUUUAUCCAGAACAUUCAUUUGGACUAUCUUAAAUCAAAUUGUUUGUUGUGUAGAGAGAGGGAUAAAUAGUGUUUAAUGAGAAAUUAAACAGGUUGUAAACGUGUAUGGAAAUAAAUUGAUUUUUUGUGUGUGA